CCUGCACUGGAUAAGUGACUGGAAGACGAAUCACAACAUCAUAAGAAUAAUAGCUAUGAUUAAGUGUUGACUCUGGAUUGUCUUUUUACAAAACGUGCCGUUUAAUACAUUUUUCCCCUAAAACUUAUGAUCUAUCAUCUCCACGUGGUAGGCAGCCUGCUCCUCCUGUAAUGUCGUUAACGUCGUGUGUCACCGUUCGGUGCAUGGUACCGCGUUAUUCCCACGGAGGAAGGUACGCCACACGGGAACAGAUGAGGCGUUAGCGGGCGAAUGAUGCUCCGCUGAUGUGCAGCGCUGGACCACGUCUGUCUACCUCUGCCCAGAUCACAGCAUCUCUCUCCGUAUCUGUCUAAAUGGGCUGUAGGCGCUUGUCACUGCAGCGGUGAGCUGGCGGGGCGGACCUCCUUUUUUCCUUUUCUCUCCUUUUUUUUAAAGGAAAACGUAGCAUUAUACGCAAGUCGCAGCAAGAAUCGUUCCGUGUACCCCAUCUGGAAGAGGGGAUUCUGCUCUCCCCGCGGUUUUCUUUGCUCAUGACUCGCUCGUGGAAAUUCUUUCUUACGUCUUUUAGACACAGCUGGUUCGGUCGGACUUGACAGCUCGUUUACAGCCACUUGUGUCCGGCUGACACGGACCGGGAGCUGAGUCCUCCGCUUUCAGCAGCCCACACCCCGUCUGCUUUGGAUGGGAGGCAAGCAGAGCACUACAGGGCGACCCCGGGGCGCGUUUCCCGCUGUCUCCACGGACGAUAACGUGGUGCCGCCCACGGCCCGCUUCGGGCACCAUCGACCGGGCAGCUCCAUGGGACAGCGCAGUCGCUCGGCGAGCUCCGUGGCCGGGAUCGGUGCCGAUCACGGCGGGACCGUACCUUUUGGUGGAGCCGGGGAUGUGGAUGGGGGACCGGGGACUCACAGUAACGGCUAUCGGGGUUCGGGCGGUGGACGUCGCACGGGAAGCAUGCUGUGCUUGGGAGCCCGGGGGACGCUGUCCGCCCCCCUGCCUCUGCACCGGGCGCCCCGGUGGCUGAGCGCCCAUAACGGUUUUAAGUGUCCAAUCUGCUCCAAGUCCGUGGCGUCUACUGAGAUGGAAGUACACUUCAUCAUGUGCCUGAGCAAGCCCCGCCUCUCCUAUAACGAUGACGUGUUGGUGAAGGACUCGGGAGAGUGUGUCAUCUGUCUGGAAGAGCUACAGCAGGGAGACUCCAUUGCUAGACUGCCGUGCCUCUGUAUUUACCACAAAAGCUGCAUCGACUCCUGGUUUGAGAUCAGCCGCUCCUGUCCUGAGCACCCGGCAGACUGAGCCACCUGGACUGGUGCUGACUGUUCCUACUCCCUUCAUGGACAUCUCUCCUUAAAACCUGAUACACCCAACGUCACUUCAUCAGUGAAACCCCCAAGGACUCCUGCGGGUGCCCUGGUACCCGUGCAGUCGCCGGGCGCUCCCUCCCUCUCCCCUUAUCCUGCGGUCACUCUGACAGAGAGUGCCCACAGGCUGUGGCGUGUGCUGUGCACCACCCCCAGGAGUGCCUCCAGAGGAGUAGGCCUGGGAUGUGUGUGGUCAUCCAGGCACGUCGUGGACAAGCUGGAGAGGUCUGCGGCCAGAGCUCAACGCUGAACAGUGUGUUGACCCGUCUUUGAAACGUUUACAGAUAAGAUGUUUGUUCCUGUGAUUUGGGAUGUUUGUCUCUUAUGCUGAUGUUUACAGGUCAUUGUAAUUCAAAUAUAU